UCGCGUUCUUCGCCUAGUUCCAGGUGACGCUGACUUCGGUAUAUACCCAGCUUGGAGAUGCGCUCGCCGCGAGAGCCGCCGCCUACGUCGACGGCCAUAUAACCCACAGAGUCGCAUUGUGGCCUCCCCGUCUGCUGGCCGCCCCCGUCCUUGUUCCGCCCGCGCCUGUGUUGUUGUGCGCUCUGUGUCGCCGCCUGGUUCUCGGGAAGUUGCGACCAACGCCCUUCACUGCCUUCACCUCACCCGACGUCGCCUGCCAGAAGAGACUGCCUCAGACACCCGGCCCCAGAUGCCUUCGCGAGAUAUUCUGCACCGGUAGCGCCUCACUUGCAACCUCCGACAUUGCCAGCCCUCCCGACCUCGACCGUGACGGCAGCACACCAUGGCGUCCAGCCUGCAGCAGAUGGCUGCCACCAUCACCGAGCGCUCCAAGACCCUCAUAAACAACGACCUCAAGAAGAUCCUCAAAGAGGAGGGCACCUCGCAGACGGGCAACAAGGCUGCACUGCAAGCCCGCGUCAUUGGCCUCAUCGCCAAUGCAGUCUCCAGGAGCGAUACCGACCUUUUGCGCCGACUGCAGUACCGCGUGCAACACCACGGAGAGGCGCCUCCGCCAGCCACGACUAGUCCCGUCGCCUCUUCAUACUCGCAGCCGCCUGCGCCCGUUGCCAACGGCUACAGCAUGGCCAACGGGUACCAAAACAACGCCGCAUACCAGCCCUACCAGCAGCCCCAGCAGCCACCCAUGCCGCCCCGACCAACGUAUUUCUUCAAGGACAGCCCUUUCUUCGAAAUUCGCGAGCUCGUGCUGAGCAAUAUGUCUUUGGACGCUUCGCCAACUCAUCGUGCCACCAUAUCGCGGAAUCUUACCCUCAACGAGAACCAGUCGGCACGCCUAAGAGCCGAUUCGUCCCUGCGAUUGCUGCUCUUUUCUGCGCUCGAACAGCCCCUGGCUCCCUACUCACGUCUCGAUAUUGCGUUCCCAUCUCAAAUCGAGGUCAAGGUCAAUGACGAAGAGGUCAAGGCGAACUACAAGGGGCUAAAGAAUAAGCCAGGCUCGACGCGUCCUGCAGACAUUACUGAUUUUGUACGCAUGAAGAUCGCCAACCAGCGUAACAGCAUCCUCAUCACCUACGCCCUGACUCAGAAGGCAAGUCGGUCGGAGAAAUACAACCUGUUUGUCUACUUGGUCAGAAAGUUUUCUGUCGAGGAACUCACAAAACGUAUCAAGCAGCGCAAUGUCAUCACUCGUCAGUCGGUGCUGAACGAAAUGAUGAAAAAGGCCAAUGAUCCGGACAUUGAAGUCGGAUCAAGCGUCAUGUCGCUAAAGGACCCCAUCUCUACCUUGCGCAUCGUCACCCCAUGCAGGUCAACGGUGUGCACGCAUAACCAAUGCUUUGAUGCCGACUCAUUCCUGCAGCUCCAAGAGCAGGCUCCUACAUGGACAUGCCCAAUAUGCAGCAAGACGAUUUCGUAUGAAGCCUUGGCCGUCGAUCAGUACGUCGAGGAGAUUCUGAGCAAGGCUCGGAAUACGGACCAAGUCACCAUCCAGCCAAGUGGAGAAUGGUCUACCGAAAAGGAUGUGAAGCCCAAACAAAAUGGGCACCAUGACGAUAGUGAUGACGACCUCAUCGAGAUACCAGACUACCGUGUACAGGCCAUCAAAACCGAAGCCGCGCCAACACCCACUUCGCUCAGUACCCCUCCACUGCCUUCUCGGGAGACUUCUACUGCCCCACGGUCUGCACAGAAGAGAAAGUCUGAGGUGGUGGAUCUGACUUUAAGCGAUGACGACGAGCCAGUAAGACCAACGAAAAAGGUAGCGUACACUACCCCCAAUAGCCUUCCUGAUCCGCACCGUCGGUAUCAUUUACCUCCCCUUGGUAGUCACUCCGCUGCCCAUAGUCGUCCACUGCCACCAGCCUACCACAGUGGGUCCCACAGUGGGUCUCUCAGCAUGCGCUCUGAUUACUCCCGGCCUCCAUCCACACCUCCACCACGGCAUGGGUAUCAAUCCUAUCGACCAGCACAGCCCGCUUCGCGGCCCAGCUAUCCCGGACAGGGUACUUCCUCCUACCCUACCUACCUCGGCUCUUCUUCCCCCUAAACUACAUGUUGCGCGUUCUUUUGUAUCUUUCAUUUUUGUACGACUAAGGUUCACCAGCUAACACUACCUCGGGUUUGUAGGGCAGAACAGGGACCGGAUGAGGUAGCAUAGCACCCACCUAGGCAGCCCACUUCGCCACGGACCGUUGCGCCGUGGGCAAGCCGUGUAGGCUGAUCAAGUGAAGUUCCCUACAUGAUCCUCUCAUCUCUUUCCUAAGUUGUCAAGAGAAUUUAGCGCGAGGCGUUUGGGAGAGGCUACAUUUCAUGAUCUAUCUGCUUAUGGCGUACAACACUGAUUGGGGGCAUUGAGGAUACCACCGCAUGGGAGAUUUGCAUGCAUUUUGAAAGCUCACACGAACGACUUUCUGCGAUGAUGAGAAGAGAGUAGAAGCUGCGCGAGGCGAAGGAAGGGAAUGUGGAGGUGCUAUUUCAUGUAAAAUCGUGUAGCAAUGACGUCUUUUGACCUCCGUCAUAUUGAAUAAUUUCAAGUCGACC